GGAUGACUCAUAAUCAGACAGCGUGAAUGCACCAGUGACACCAUCAUCCGGACCGGGACAUUAAAAAAGCAGACGACAAGCCUUGACGAAUUGCCGACAGGUGUUAGAGUUCUAUAAACAAACCCGGCCACCCAUUCGAGGCCCGUGAACGUGACGUGGCCUCAGCUCGGCUCGACACUUUUGCAAGAUGCGUCUCCUCGUCUUCUUCCUGGUCUUCGUUGGACUAGCUCAUGCUGGACAUGUCUCAGUCAGUAACUGUGGAUUCACGUCGAGGGCAACACUAGUACAUCUCGAUGUCGAACGUUGCGAUUCUGUGCCUUGUAUUAUCAAGCGGGGCAUAUACACGAGGUUUGAAUUCGAAUUCAUCCCACACGUCAACAGCAGGACACUGACUUUGGACGCCAGAUUCUCACUUUUUGGCAUCAACUUCCCGAUCCCAGGAGUGGUGUCAAACCUCUGCAAAUUUGUGUCGUGUCCCAUCGUGGCUGAAAGAACUUACCGUAUCGCUCUGACAUUCUACAUAAGCAUGUGGUCCCCUCCCUUAGUGACGAGACUCACCUACAGAAUAAGAGGCGAUGACCGAGAGCUGGGAUGCUACACUACGGUUGUGGAGCUUCAUUAAUAUAUGCAAAUGUACUAUAUGAUAUGCUAAGCAAUGAAGAAACGCCCAACAGCUGGCUAAGGAAGGAUGCACCAGAGGGGGAGGGGGGGUGAUGUGUUUACUGAAAGAAAAAAGAAAAAAGGGCCAGUCACGUGGUAGUCGGCUGGAUAGGGUAUAGUCAACGUUCCAACAACAUAGUCGAGACGUUUGAUACUUGAUACUUGAUUAAAGAAAUUUCUCCUCAGUGCGUCCUUUUUGUGACCGGCCCUAUACGGACGGUGAUUCGUUACUUAUACAUAUACUUCUUUAUACUUAUUCAUGUACUUAUUAGCAUAUACUUCUGUGCGUGGACACAUCUAUAUAUCGGUCUUCUUUCGCUGCAUUCAUAUAAUGUAAUAUUUAUCGAGUGGUGUACAAAUAAAAGGCUCGUAAUAAAUCGUCAA